GGGCAGCGGCCUGGCUCACACCGCAGUGACAGCCGACUAAUUGGAUCAAGAGCUCCGGGAACUAGGAGGAGAGGAACGUAAUGGGAGCCCUGCUGCCUGCCCGCCUGGCGCUGCUCAAGCCCGCACUCCCUUCCCGCUGCCGUCCCAGGCCUUAAUUCUCCAGCCACCAGCAGCGAAGCUCCUUUGGAACACCCGGGGCUGCUUGGGUCCGCCCAGCCGGGAGCUCCGUCUUAGAGCUGGGAGGCGGGGCGGGGGCCUCUGUGUCCUGCCGCCUGAAAUAAGUGAGGGGGGAGCUGCUAGGGCUGUGCGACAAUCCAAUCCACAGUUCAGUCCCCCACCCCUCCGUAAGCAGGGCAGCCUGCCCUGGGAACGCUGCCGAGCGGGGCUCCCUUGCGUCAGGGCUUGGAGCCGAAGUCUCCAGGGUAGCAACUACAGAGAGGACUUGGACGAACCCAAGAAAUCACUCCUGGCAGCUGGGGCUUCCACAGUCCUCAUUCUUCUCUCUUUCAGCUGCAUUAAAAUCUGCAAAAAUUCUUUGCUGCAAGAAAACCAGGGUUAUGUCAUCAGAAGAUGAUGUUGGUGGAGAGGCUUCUGGGGGCAGUUUUUGGGAGGCUGGUAACUACAAGCGGACAGUGAAACGUGUGGAUGAUGGGCACCGGCUCUGUAAUGACCUCAUCUCCUGCUUCCAAGAGCGAGCCAAGAUUGAGAAGAACUAUGCUCAGCAGCUAACAGAGUGGUCCCGCAAAUGGAGGACAGCUGUGGAGAAGGGCCCUCAGUAUGGAACCCUAGAGAAGACCUGGCAUGCUUUCCUGACUGCGGCAGACAGGCUGAGCGAGAUCCAUCUAGAGGUGCGGAACCAUCUCGCUGGUGAAGAUGCAGAUAAGAUCAAGGCCUGGCAGAAGGAGGCCUACCAUAAGCAGAUGAUUGGUGGCUUUAAAGAGACUAAAGAGGCAGAGGAUGGAUUCCGUAAGGCCCAGAAACCCUGGGUGAAGAAGCUGAAAGAUGUGGAGACCUCUAAGAAGAACUACCACGCAGCCCGGAAAGAUGAGAAGACUGCACAGACACGGGAGAACCAUGCCAAGGCAGAUUCCUCCAUCUCACAGGAGCAGAUACGCAAGCUGGAGGACCGUGUGGAGAAAUGUUCACAAGAAGCAGAAAAGUGUAAGGAUCAAUAUGAGAAGAUGCUAGAGGAGCUAAACCGCUACAAUCCCCGCUACAUGGAGGAUAUGGAACAGGUGUUUGAGGGCUGCCAGGAGGCAGAAUGCAAGCGACUGUGUUUCUUCAAGGAGAUGUUCCUGGAUCUGCACCAGCACCUCAACAUCUCCACCAAUGAAAGUUUCCAUGCACUGUACCGGGAUCUGUACCAGGGAAUCGUGGCUGCAGAUGACCAGGAAGAUCUGAAAUGGUGGCGCAACACUCAUGGGCCAGGCAUGGCCAUGAAUUGGCCACAGUUUGAGGAAUGGACCCUGGAAACCCAGCGGCCAAUCAGCAAGAAGGAGAAAGGCAGUAAAAGUGCUGAAGAUGUGACCCUGACCAGUAUUGUGACCACAGGGGAUGGUCUCUCUCAGACCCCUCCACAGAUACGGCGAGGGUUUUCCUACCAAGCGGAGCAGAACAGUUUCUUCUAUGACACCCUGAGGGCAUCAGCCUAUGUGAACGGAGGCAAAGAGGAUGUGUCGGAGUGGUCCGAUGAUGACACUCCCAGAAAAUGCUUGGAUACCAAUGGGCACGAGGAGGACAUAAAGGUACCAGGCGUGCAGGUGCGAGCGCUGUAUGAUUACACAGGACAGGAGGCUGAUGAACUGAGCUUUAAAGCAGGUGAAGAACUAAUGAAGAUCAGUGAAGAGGAUGAGCAGGGCUGGUGCAAAGGCCGGCUUAGCAAUGGCCAGGUUGGACUCUAUCCCGCUAACUAUGUCAAAAGUGUGGUGUCAUGAUUGUUACACUCAUCCUGAGGGUUGUGUCUCACCUAUAUACCAGCAUCUCCUGCAGAGGUCACCAGGUCACUGCUAGGCCCAUAAUCCACAUCAACAGCAUGUGCAGCAAUUUCUGGACUCUCUGGGGACAGUUAUUACUUGUAAUCAAUGCUUCAUUUUAAAAUUCUAGAACUGUAGGGAUUUUCUAAUAAAUAAAAAGAGAUUGAGAAAAGA